AGAUGUUUGGCUGUGUUGGCAUGGUGCUGGCAGCAGCCGCCGCAGCGGUCGUGGUGGCUGACGUGAGGUCCGGCCACCACUUCAGGGAGGACAAGCCUACUCCUCAAGACCUUCCGCGGCUGGCGUCUCUGGGACACAAAGUCAGCCCCUUUUGGUUCACCAUCGGCAAGAGCGCCGUUAAGCAGAUCAACAAGAAAGAUGUGUCGGUCCCGGCCACUGAGCAAGUCGCUCGCCAAGACGGAUUUGGAAUUCCUGUCGUACCCCCUUUAUCUCUCCUUAAUGAUCAUGACCUUAACACAAUAGAGAAACAUCACGACCAAGUGAUUGAUAACAGCCGUUGGUACGAGGAGGAAGCCCCGGAGGAUAAGGAGGAAGCCCCAGGGUACGAGGAGGAAGCCUGGCGGCCACCCAUCAGAGACCCGAUGUACGAGCCACAGACAAACUUGGAAAUCUCCUCCGUUAACAGCAACAGGAUCGUCAACGGGGAACUGGCAGUCAAAAAUGAGUUUCCUUGGAUGGCAUUUCUGUACAUACAGUGGAGCGACAAGUUGAAGCGGAUGUGUGGAGGGAGCCUCAUCUUCUCCGACUGGGUGAUCACUGCUGCUCACUGUGUCCUCAGGUUCAACGACACCAACAGCCUGUGGACACCGCUGGUGCAGGUCAACCUGGGAACCACUCAGCGUAAUGUGACGGCUCCUGUCUCCGUCAUGGCUACCAGGAUCGUUAUCUACCCGACCUACAGUUUGGACAACGAUCUUGCCCUCAUCAAGUUGCCGAAGCCUUUGAACGUGACGACACAGGUCCGGCCGGUGCUUCUCCCGCUCCGGAACUCCCUGGGGAGCAGUGUGAACGGUCUAGCCCUCAGCGUCGCCGGCUGGGGCAGGACCGAGGAAGGGGUGCUGAGCAAUGACCUGAGGAAGCUGGAUGAUCGUGUGGGCAUGGACCCGGGGUCCUGCAGACUGGUCUUCGGUCCAAUUAUCACCGCCCACCACUUCUGUACCACCAGUCCCAACGUCAAGCACAUCUGUAUGGGGGACUCCGGAGGACCUGUGAUGGCUGGGAACGGGUCCCAGAGGGUGCUGCAGGGAGUGGUCAGCUUCGUCGCCACCGCCAACUGUACCGGGACCUACCCUGAUGGGCACACCGCCGUCGUCUACUUUCUUAACUGGAUCCAGAACGUCACUGGAAAAGUAAUUAGUUAAGAGUUCUCUUUGGAGCUCCAUGGAACACUGCGUCAUCCCCUGGUAGACUGCGUCAUCUUCUGGUAGACUGCGUCAUCCCUUGGUAGACUGCGUCAUCUUCUGGUAGACUGUGUCAUCCUCAGAUCCGUUCUAAGAGCUAUUUACCAAAAAGUGGCUUAAAUAAUUAGAACUUCAUUCGUUCCGUCCUGUGUUCCAAGACCACAUAUCGACAGCCUACCAAGUUCAAGUAUGUUUAUUGAGAUAAGCAAGAAAUACAUCUCAAAGGGAUAGAGUAGCUUAGGCUAUUUCUACCCCCCCCCCCCCCCCCCAACAGCCUACCAAAUGGGGUCCAAAGGUUCUUCAGCCUCCUGGCACACGUUGGGACCAGAUAACAUCACAAUGUUCAGGAGACCAACACUGUGUCAAUGAGACCACCAGGUUUUCCAAAGGUAACCCUUCAGGAAGGUCACCUAGUUCUCCCAGUAGUAGAUCAAGUGAGCUUCCAGAGACGUAACACAAGACCUUAGUGAGUUAUGUUACAAGAUUCUGUCACCGUCCGCAUGACCUUUACUUACUCCCUUAUAUGUCACGUCCUGGAUGAUGUCAUGUCACGUGCUGGAUGAUGUCAUGUCACGGGCAUUGAAGUUAUGUAAAUGAUCUUUAAUUUGUAAUCUAUAUUUAGUACGCAUUUUCCUUCCACAACAUUGUGUAGUC